GCGGCGGGAGGAGGGAACGGCCGCCCGGCCCCGCGCUCCCAUUGGCUGCGCGGGACAGGCUGCCGCGAGCUGAUUGGCUGAGCCGCUUCCCCCUGCCGCCGGCGGCUCAGCGGGUUGAAUUCAAAUCGGCACCGGGCGGCAGCGGGGCGGCGGUGUUAGUCCCGGUGCGUCCCGGCACGCUCGCAUCCCCAGGCUGGGCAAACAGGUGGGUACCGGAGCGACAACAGAGGGGACCCAGCUCUCUAGGCGCCGUGCUGGCGCCAACUAUUUAAACCGGAUCCCGGAAGGGCCCUGCCCGAGGGUGGCGGCCAAUGAACAGCGGCUGUGGUCCCGUUCGGCGGCCGGUGCGGCGCGGGAAGCGGCGGGAACUGCGAUGCGGAUCGGCGCGGCGGGUGUCGCUCCCUGAGGCUGCGCAGCGGCGGGAGAAUGCAGCAGGCGGGCGGGGAGAUGGGCACGGGCGACAAGGAAAAUCAUUCUUCUGAGCCAUGUAGAAACGUCUGGAAGACUCCUCUGAAACAAGCAGCUACCUCACACUCGGUGUUAACAGAGAUACAGCCGGACUGUCAGCCUCUAACCACUCCCACGAAACCUAAGGAGGGCCUUCCAGCAGAGCCAUGGACACCCACAUCAAACCUGAAAAUGCUCAUCAGCGCAGCCAGCCCCGAGAUCAGGAGCAGAGAACAGAGGAGGGAACUGUUAAACAACACAAGUGAGGUCCUACAGGCAAAACAUUGUUUGCAGGAGCACUCACUGGGAGAGGAAUACGGAAAGUCCCAUCCGAGCCGCAAAGAGAAAAGCCUGGGCUUACUGUGCCACAAGUUCUUAGCUCGAUACCCUGAUUACCCCAGCUCUGCAGACAGCAGUUACAUUUCCCUCGAUGAAGUGGCUGAAGAGCUCAAGGUUGAACGGCGCCGCAUCUACGACAUCGUGAACGUGCUGGAGAGCCUGCACAUGGUGAGCCGCCUGGCCAAGAACAGGUACGCCUGGCACGGCAGGCACAACCUCCCCAAAACCCUGCAGGCUCUGAAAAAGGUUGGAGAAAGCAACAAAUACACACAGCAAAUUCAUCUGAUCAAGAAAAGAGAGUACGAGCAUGAAUUUGAUCUCAACGGUGACAGAAAGGAAGGGAUCCCAAAACCCACUGCCUCAAAUAAGGAUUCGGAGAUGUCUUUCAUUGAGCUCCCAGGAAUGGAAUUUCGUGCUGCAUCAGUAAACAGCAGGAAAGACAAGUCUUUACGAGUGAUGAGUCAGAAGUUUGUGAUGCUGUUUCUUGUCUCGACUCCUCAAAUAGUGAGCCUCGACGUUGCUGCUAAAAUCUUGAUUGGGGAAGAGCAGUUAGAAGACUUAGAUAAAAGCAAGUUUAAAACCAAAAUUAGGAGACUUUAUGACAUAGCAAAUGUUCUCAGUAGCCUUCAGCUUAUCAAGAAAGUCCACCUUACAGAGGAGAGAGGUAGAAAACCAGCAUUCAAGUGGACAGGACCAGAGGUCUUGCCAAACACUCAGGACACAAAGCUUGAAACAAGUUCUACAACCUGUUCCCAAGCAGUUUCAGAAUACAUCCCUUCCAAAGAGCAGUGUUCCAAGAACCUUUUUCCUUCCAGAGGAAAGCAAAACUUCACUAGACAUCCUUCUCUCAUCAAGUUAGUUAAAACCAUAGAAAACGACAGGAGAAAGGUUCAGUCUGCUCCCACCAGUCCAGUUGAAAGAACUGAAAGUACUGAUCAGAAUUUAUCAGCUCUCCCAAGUGAAAUGGCUCAGGUCCCAGCAAUUGCUAAACAGCAGCUGGAAGGACAAGCAAAGAAAGAAAAAGAGAACAAAAUGAAAUUACCAAGACCAGCUUUGGAAUCUCAUCUGCCCUUGCCCGAGGUAGUUCCCAGGCCAGAACCUUCUGGCAGCGCAGCACCCUGUCAGCAGGCAGCUCUCACACAGCCACUGGGUGUCUGUCCCCCAGGCCACCCUCCAGUCUCACCAGUAAUUCUACCUCAUUCCCAUCCUGGUGUUUCAUAUGCAAUCUAUCUGCAGCCCUCCCAAGCACACACUAUGACAACAUACAGCCCCCGUGUCAUGUUGCAGCCUCUACCCUGUGCUAAUGUCACUGGAAUUAAGAGUGUUAAUUCCAAAGUAUUAAAUCCAAUAACCACCGAGGAAGGGGACAAUCAGAUAGCUGCAGAUGAUCCAACAAAAUCCCUGACAGCUAAAGAAAGGCCACCUGCAACAUCAGAAACCUCACCACAGAGGUGCUUUAAAAGAUCACAAGCAUUACAGGAGAUUAGUUCAAUUAAAAGGUGCAGAAGAGAUGCGGAAAGCCUGGAGACUCAUCUGAGAGAAAGCAUUCCAAAAGGAAGUCCAUCUUGCAGUAGCUCACGAGUGAAUCAGGAAAUAGAACAUUCCCAGAAAAAGAAGCAGAACCAACCUGAAACGCUGGAUCAAAACAAGGCACCUUGCUAUGACCAGUGUAAAGGAGAAGACAGUCCAGAAGAGGAGGCCAAAAUCAAAACUAAGCAAGACAUCCCUGUGGCAUUUGCCAUUCCUGCCCAUGAGCCCUUUUUUCCAUCUGGUUAUCUCAUUCCUCUCACCCAGUGCAGCCAUGGCAGCAAGGCAGGCUUUUCUGACAAGGAGAAAGCUGAGGGGUGUCCAGGACAGCACACUGCCUACAGCUCGCCCAUCGCAGGUGUCAUCCCAGUGACAGGAUCUGAACUGAAAGCAGUUAACAUCCCUGCUUUCCAUAUAACACCUUUGAAUAUCAUGCUGUCACCCACCUCCAUAGCUGCUGCACCUGUACUGGGCAACUCCUGCCUCAACUCAAGCAAUACCAGUUCUGCCCAAAUCCCAAGUUCUUCAGUUCUCAACUUUACACUGCAGCACAUAGGACUAAUACCUGCUGGUGUGCAAGUUCCUGCAAACACUUUCCUUCAGCACAUGCCAGCCUCUUCACAGGCAGAAAACAUUACCCACAGCUCAGAGAAGAUGAGUGUGCAAGAAGAGAAGCCUCCGGUUCCAAAGGAAGCCCAAGAGCCCCAAACGGUCACAGAACACUUCUUCCGCACUCCGGGAGGGCCAAACACAGAACCUCCCCUGCCUGCAAAAUCAGAUGGCACUGCUGCAACUGCUCCAGCAGCUCUCUACAUUCCUCAACGAAAACUUGAAGUCUCAGAAGACUAAUUCUGAGAGCCCACAAUGCUGAAUGUGUUAUCAGGUGUAAUUAAUGCUAACACACUGCACACAGCUUGGCUUGGAUGAUGGACAAUGUGUACUGGAAAGACCUCAGUACUGGAAUAGCCUUCGUGAAUGCUUUACAAUAGGAAGUGACUCUUCAGGAGAAAUUUAAUGCCCAAUCGUUUUUCCCAGAGGCUUACCUGAAGUAUUACAGCAAGAAAGUUGUGUAUCUAGUGAGGGGGUUUGUGUUGCUUUUCUGCUAUGCAAAGUAAGCUGAAAUUGUACAGAAAGGUACAGGCUGUCAGUCAGUGCAUGUUUUGCACACAAAUAAGUACUGUGAGUGUGUACAUAUUUUUUUUUGUCUUAAGAAAAAAAGACCAUAGUUCAAAGUGUCUUGUUCCUCUGUUCAAUAAUGCUCUUUUGUAUAGUUAGUAAAAAUAAAGUUAAAAAAAAAUCCUAAUCAAGUUUUAUAUAAGUUAAGAAUUAUUUAUACUGUAUUUUUAAAUAAAUUUGUUCAGAUUACAUUUACAUCA